UGCAGUUGGGACUUAUAGUCUACCUUUGCCUUCUGGAUUAAUAUUAGAGCUUAAUAAUUGUUAUUACGUUCCUGCUAUUACCAAAAACAUUAUUUCUAUUCCUGUUUUGGAUAAUGAAGGGUUUUCAUUUACAAUUGAGAAAGGUUGUUUCUCUGUUUAUUUGAAUUCAAUGUUUUAUGCCACUGCUAAGAGGUCUAAUGGUCUAUAUUACCUAGACUUAGACAAAGAUGUCCUUAACAUAGACAGCAAAAAACAUAGAUCAAGCGAUACUAAUCCUACUUACUUAUGGCAUUGUCGUUUAGGACACAUAAACGCGAAACGCAUUCAGAAGUUGCAUAAAGAUGGACUUCUAACAUCUUUUGACUUUGAGCCAUUUGAUGUGUGUGAAUCAUGUUUAAUGGGUAAAAUGACAAAGUCACCUUUUACUGGAAAGGGUGAAAGAGCCAGUGAUCUAUUGGGCCUAAUACAUACUGAUGUAUGUGGACCAAUGAGCACAAAAGCUAGGGGAGGGUUUGGAUACUUCAUUACUUUUACGGACGAUUUAAGUAGAUAUGGAUAUGUCUAUUUAAUGAAGCAUAAGUCGGAAUCAUUUGAAAAGUUCAAAGAAUUCCAGAAUGAAGUCCAAAACCAGCUUGGCAAAACAAUCAAAGCACUGCGAUCCGAUCGUGGUGGUGAAUAUUUGAGCCAAGAGUUUAAUGAUCACUUGAAGAGUUGUGGAAUUCUUUCACAACUCACUCCGCCUGGAACACCUCAGUUGAAUGGUGUUUCGGAAAGGAGGAAUCGAACUCUACUUGAUAUGGUUCGGUCUAUGAUGAGUUUUGCUGAUCUUCCAAUAUCCUUCUGGGGAUAUGCUCUCGAAACUGCUACUUUCACACUUAAUAGAACUCCAUCAAAGGCAGUAGAUAAGACACCAUAUGAGAUAUGGAGUGGAAAAGUUCCAAACUUGUCUUUUCUACGUAUUUGGGGAUGUGAGGUUUAUGUAAAGCGUUUACUUUCAGAUAAACUCGCCCCUAAAUCAGAUAAGUGUUUCUUUGUGGGUUAUCCCAAGGAAACCAAGGGCUAUUACUUCUACAAUCGCACUGAGGGCAAAGUGUUUGUUGCUCGUCGUGGUGUCUUUUUGGAAAAAGAUUUUAUUUCCAAAAAGGCAAGUGGGAGUAAUGUAUUUCUCGAAGAAGUUCGAGAAGAGCAACAAAUGGACAUAGUUCAUCCUAUGUUAGAGACAACGACACAAGAGCCAGAUGUUGGGCUUGAAGUAGUUCCUCCUUUGGAGGAAUCUUCUCCCAUAACUGACCAAGUGUUGGAGGACGUGCAUCCCGUACACGAACCUCCUAUUGUCCCACUCGAAUCUAAUUCGUGCGAAAAUUCUCAAAUUGUUGAGAAGAAAAUUUCUCCUGUUGCAGCCCCUCGUAAGUCUAGUAGAACAAGAAUACCAACCAAGAGGUUUGUUGAUUUCUUGUUAACUGAAAAUUCUGAGAUAAUGAUUUUAGAAUUUGAGGAACCUACUACUUACAAGCAAGCUUUGAUGAGUGAAGACUCCGAAAAAUGGCUCGAAGCCAUGAGGUCCGAAAUGGCAUCCAUGUCUGAAAAUCAAGUAUGGGACUUGGUAGAUUUGCCCGAUGGGAUCACACCUAUUGGUUGCAAAUGGGUUUUCAAAGUGAAAACAGACAAGGAUGGUAAUAUUCAGGUUUACAAAGCAAGGUUGGUUGCAAAAGGGUUCAAGCAAGUUCAUGGUAUAGACUAUGACGAAACCUUUUCACCGGUAGCCAUGCUUAAAUCCGUUCGGAUACUCCUAGCGAUCUUGUCCCAGAAUAGUUGGAUUGGAUCUGCAUUGAGUGUUUGUGUGAUUGUGCAAGCCAUGGAUACGAGUUGGAUUAAUUUACGAAAUGAUGAUCCGGCUUUUUAUAAAGGUUGCAUGAAUUUCAUUGAGCUAGCUAAAGACACUCUUAUAGAAGGAAGAACUCGAUGUCCAUGUAGUAAGUGCAAGUUGCGUAAAUGGUAUACUACGGACGAUGUAGGGGGACAUAUUUUGUUUAACGGUUUUCACAAGGAGUAUAGGAAUUGGAUCUUUCACCGUAAAAAUGAUGAAACAAGUAGUACCCAAGGACCUCUUAGUAGCCAAGAAACGAUAGUAGGUCGAGACGAUAUUCGGGGCUUGCUAAAUGAUGCAUUUAGUGUUAGCAUUCCACCAUCCACUUCUCAACCUCAAGAUCAAUCUUUUGAGGAACCACAUUUGGAGGAGGAAGUAUUAGGCGACAUGCAUGAGGAGGAUGAUUUCCCUUCUGAGGUAGAUACUGAACUUCCAUCCUUCAAUACCAAAGAAGAAGAAAUCAAAUAUAAAAGACUAAUUGAAGCUUCUGAUGAGGUGCUUUAUGAGGGGUGUACUACAUUUUCAAAGCUAUCAUUUCUUUUGCAUCUAUUUCAUCUUAAGUGUAUGUUUCAUUGGUCUGCCGAGUCAUUCACAAAAUUGCUUGAACUUCUGAUAGAUGCAUUUCCUCAAAUAAUGGAAUUUCCGUCAUCCUGUUAUGAGGGAAAGAAGGUAAUUAAGGAUUUGGGUCUAGGUUAUGAGAAAAUUGAUGCUUGUCCUAAUAAUUGCAUGUUGUAUUGGGGUGACUCAGCGGAAAAAGAUGAGUGCCAAAUCUGUCAUACGUCGAGGUGGAAGGCAGCUAAAGGUAAGGAGGGUGAUAUAAGUGAGAAAGGUAAAGAAGCCUGUAAGAAAGGUGAGCCAGCUAAGGUUAUGCGAUAUUUUCCUCUUAUUCCUAGGUUAAAGAGAAUUUACAUGUCAUCAAAAACAGCAAAAGACAUGAGAUGGCACAAAGAUGAUCGUGACAAUGAUGGUAUGUUAAGGCACCUAGCAGAUGCUUUGGCUUGGAAAAAAUUUGAUGAAAAAUAUCAUGAAUUCGCCGGAGAUCCUCGUAGUGUUAGAUUGGGUUUAGCAAGUGAUGGUUUUAACCCUUAUCGUUUAAUGAAUACCAAUCAUAGCACAUGGCCGGUGGUCUUGAUUCCUUAUAAUCUACCGCCAUGGCUUUCUAUGAAAUCAUCAUCUUUUAUUUUAUCUUUAAUUAAACCUGGGAAAUCUGGUCCGGGGAUAGAUAUUGAUGUGUACCUGCAGCCACUAAUUCAUGAGUUAAAAAUGUUAUGGGAAGGUGUUGAUGCUUUUGAUGCUUAUAGUGGGAAAAAUUUUAAGCUCCGAGCAGCCCUGCACUCUACUAUUAGUGACUUUCCGGCAUAUGCCAUGUUAUCUGGAUGGAGUACAAAAAUGUUAUGA